AUGGCGGCGGACAACCCCGGUCUUCCAGACGGAGGUAUGGCAGUCACGCGUGACGAAUUCUUUUCAACUAUCAAAGCCUUAGAGAAUACCGUCACCGCUACAAUAAAAGAUAUAAUCAAACCGAUUACCGAACAACUGACUGAACUAAAAACUGCGCUCUCACAAGCGUCGCAGACUGCUGAGACAGCCCUCGAGCUUGACGAUCGUCUUACAACAUCGACUUCAAAGAAGUUCGACAGAAUGUAUUUAAUGGCAUACAACCUGCCUGACUUUCGGUUCCAGUUUUCAGCACUCUUCAUCCAGCUUGACGAUCGUCUUACAGCAUUGACUACAAAGAAGUUCAACAGAAUCAAGUUUCUUUCUGCCACAGAACCUCCUGUAAGGGUUGUGCAUUCCAAUGCUGAGGAGGCCCAUGCCUACCGGGCUGGAGAGCGUGUGGAGUUGGUCUGUGAACUGUCCCGCCCUGAUGCUCCUGUGCACUGGUACAAGGAUGGGAAGGAAGUGGAAGAAAGCGAGGCCCUCUUGCUGGAGAAUGAAGGCCCCCAUCGCUGGCUGAUCAUUCCCUCUGCACAAGUGCGUGACGCAGGGGAGUUUGCGUGUGAUGUGGGGGGUGAUUCUGCCUUCUUCAACAUCACAGUCACAGAGACACCUGUGCAGAUUGUACAGUCCAAUGCAGAUGUGGCCCAUACUUAUCAAACUUCAGAACGUGUGGUUUUGGCCUGUGUGCUAUCCCGCCCCAAUGUUCCUGUCCACUGGUACAAAGAUGGGGAAGAGGUGGAAGAGGGGGGACACUUGCAGCUGGAGAGCGAAGGAACCCACCAACAGCUCGUCAUUAGCUCGGCACAGGUGGAAGACACAGGCGAAUUUGUAUGUGAUGCAGGUGGUGACUCUGCCUUCUUCAAUGUUACUAUUGCAGCUCCUAAGGUGCACAUCAGUCCUUUGGCAGAGGCCCAGUGCCGUCAUGCAGUCCAGACUGGGAUGCCUCUCCUCCUGGAGUGUGAGGUCUCUGCCUCUGACGCCCCUGUCCAGUGGUUCAAGGAUGGCGAUCCUGUGCCCUUGGAUGAUGACAACUUGACUGUCCAAUCAGAGGGCUGCAUUCGUCAGCUGUUGAUCCGUUCUUCCUGCCCACUGGACUCGGGGACAUACACAUGCGACACAGCUGAUGACACCAUAGACUUCACUGUGACAGUGGAGGAACCGCCUGUUCGUGUUGUGCACUCCAAUGUGGAUGCCGCUCAUGUGUACCAGGUCUCACAACGUGUGGUGCUGGCCUGUGAACUAUCCAGCACAGAGGCUCCUGUUCGCUGGUAUAAGGAUGGUGAGGAGGUAGAGGAGAAGGAGGGCUUCCUGUUGGAGAGCGAGGGACCCCAUCGCCGUCUGGUCAUAGCUGCUGCUCAGGCUCAGGACACAGGAGAGUUUGUGUGUGAGGCUGGUGGGGAUUCCAUCUUUUUCAGUGUUACUGUUGCUGAGCCCCCUGUGCGGAUUUUACAGCCAGUGGAGCGUUCACUGGAGAGACAAGUGUGUGGGCGUGAGCGCCUGGAGCUGAGCUGUGAGGUGUCCGUGCCUGAUGCUCCUGUGCGCUGGUUCAAGGAUGGCCUGGAGGUGGAUGAAACGCACAACCUCUUGCUGCACACGGAGGGUGCUAAGCACCUCCUUGUCGUCCUGCAGGCAAGUGCUGAAGAUGCUGGAGAAUACAUCUGUGAAACCAAGGACGAGUCUGUCUCCUUCGAUGUCAGAGUUUCAGAGUGCCCUGUGAAGAUCGUGUGGCCCCGCAGGUCUCCCUCUGUUCAGAAGGUCUCAACGGGGGAGACAGUGACUCUGGCCUGUGUGCUCUCUCAUGCGAAUGCGCCUGUCCGCUGGGUUAAGGACGGUGUCACGCUAGAGGCCAACAGCGGUCUUGUCCUGGAGGAAGCGGGUACCCAGCGGUGUCUGAUCAUCCCUGCAGCUGGCCCAGAGCAUUCUGGGAAAUACAUCUGCAACGCUGUUGGUGACAGCAUGACCUUCACCAUCCAGGUGUCUGACCCCCCAGUGCAGAUAGUGGGGCGUGAUGAGUUGCAAACUCAUCACAGCUGCCUGGCUUCAGAGGACCUGGUACUAUCAGUGACGUUGUCUUGUCCUCAAGGGGAAGUGAAGUGGUACAAGGAUGGGGAGAAACUGCAGGACACGGACCGUGUGCGACUGGAGCAGGACGGGGCAGGCCAUUCGCUGGUGGUCCUCGGAGCAGAGCGCAGGGAUGCAGGGGAGUACCUGUGUGACAGUGGUGACGACAGCCUCAUUUUCUACGUCAGAGUAGAGGAGCCCCCCAUCUUUAUUGUGGGAAACACGGGGGUGCCAGAAUACCAUUCCUUGGCAGCUGGAGAUGCUCUGGUGCUGGCUUGCCAAGUGUCCCUGCCUAGCGCUGCUGUACGCUGGAUGCGGAAUGGAGAGGAGCUAGUACCCAGCAGACAUCUUUGUAUUGAAGCUCAUGGAACACACCGGCAACUCACCAUCACUGGAACCAAACCAGAAGACUCAGGUUCCUAUGUCUGUGAUGCAGGCACUGACCGGAUGGUGGCCACAGUGGUAGUUGCAGCACCCCCCGUGCACAUUGUGAAUAAAAAUGAUGCCCAGGUCCCUUUAGAAGUCCAGGAAGGAGAGAAUGUGACACUGGUGGCCCGGCUCUCGCAAGAGGCUCUGGUCCGUUGGCUGAAGAACAUGCGGCCACUUUAUCCUGGGACACGAAUGAUAAUUAGUAAUGACGGAUCGGUACACAGCCUUACCAUCAGGCAAGCUGAGCCAGGUGACAGUGGCAUUUUCAGCUGCGAUACUGGAGAUGAUGAAGUGAAUUUCACAGUGUGUGUGCGAGAGGCCCUAGUCCUGUUUGUGCCAAAGCCAGAACAUCCAGAGAAGGUGCUGGUGCUGGAGGGGGGCAGUGCAGUGCUCUCGGCAGUUGUCUCCAAGGAGCUGGCUGUGGUGAACUGGGAGGGACCUCGAGGUGCCUUGAUGGCAGGGGAGCACUGCCAGCUACGCAGAGAAGGGCGGGUGCACAGCCUCCUGCUGAGCAACGUGAGCAAGGCUGAUGCUGGCGAGUACCUGUGCCACUCCCGUCAUGACCGGAUGCAUUUCGAGCUUAGCGUCAAAGAGCUGCCGGUGAAGUUUGUCCGGGGCCUCUCAGAUGUGUCAGCACUUCAGGGGGACACAGUGCUGUUUUGGUGUGAAUUGUGCAAAACUAAGGGUGAUGUAUCGUGGUUGAAGGAUGGCCAAGAGUUGGAACCGAAUGAGCGCCUGCAGAUUCGAGCAGAGGGCCGAGAGCGUUCUUUGACCCUGAGCCAGGUGGGGCCUGAGGAUGCUGGCGAGUACUCAUGUGAGAGCAAGGAGGACCGCACCCUGGCUAUCCUCACAGUACAGAUCCCCAGGAUCGUGGAGAUCAUUUCUGAGCUGUACAACUUAACAGUGUUGGAGGGGGAUGAUGCUGCCUUCAAAGUCGUGAUGUCUCCUGACAAUGUGGCCCUGAAGUGGCAGCUGAAUGGCCAAGACGUGGUACCCAGUGAACGGCUUACCACAACAAGAAAUGGGUUGUGCCAUACCCUCACAAUACGACAGUGCCGGCUGAGCGACAGUGGCACUGUGGCUGUCAACGCAGAAGGCCUGGUGAGCACAGCCAGGCUGAGUGUACAAGAGGCUCAGGUGCUAUUUGUACAGACACAGCGUGACUUGGUGGCUGAGGAGGGUCAGGACGUGCACUUGGAGGUGAAGCUAAGCUUGGAGAAUGCGGAAGUGCAGUGGAUGAAGCAGGGCAUCCUGCUCCAGCCAUCGGUCAAAUACUCCAUGGAGGCACAUGGGCAUCAGCGAGCCCUCACCAUUCACAACGUUGAACUCUCUGACCGAGGCACCUACCGUUGCGAGAGCCUGCAUGACCGCACUCAAGCCAGGCUGAGUGUGGAACCCCGAAGAGUGACAGUGAGGAAACCACUAUUGGAUGUGGAGACUGUUGAAAAGGAAACGGUGACCUUUGAGCUGGAACUAUCACAUGCCAACGUGCCUGGGGUAUGGACACGUGACGGCAUCCGCAUGAAGCCCAGCUCCACCUGCCGAGUGAGCAUGAAUGGUUGCGUGCACAGUUUAACGCUGAUGGGGCUCACCCUAGAUGAUUCGGGUACUGUGGCCUUUACUGCUGACACUGUGCGGAGCAGCGCCCGUCUUCUGGUCCGAGAGCCACCCGUCACCAUGCUGCGCUUUCCCCAGGAUAUGAGCGUCCCUGAGACAGGCUUGGCCACCUUUGAGUGUGAGUUGUCCAGGCCUCUGGCUGACGUGAAGUGGUACAAGGAUGGGGAGGAGAUCCAGAUCAGGCCCAACUGUCGCAUGUACUCAGUGGGCCGCAGGCGCCUCUUGCAGCUUAUCCACUGUAAAUCCAGAGCCUCUGCCAGACUGUGUGUUUUUGAACGUCAGGUUCAGAUUGUGCGGGAGCUGGAAGAUGUGCGUGUUCGGGAGAACGAAAAUGCUGUCUUCAUGUGUGAGGUGUCACUUGAAGAAGUGAAAGGCGAAUGGUUCCUGGAUGGGGACAGAAUCAAAGUAACCAGCACAGUGAAAAUAAGGCAGGAAGGGACACGGCACUUCCUGCUUCUGUGCUGCGUCCGUCCGGAAGAUGCAGGGCAAGUCCGAUUUGUGGCCAAGGCAGCCACUUCAGAAGCCUGCCUAGAAGUGGAGGCACUGCCCAUCCGCAUCAUAAAGCCACUGCGGGACAAGACUGUGUUAGCCCGGCAUAAAGCCACACUGGAAUGUACCGUGUCUCAGUCGCGUGGGCGAGUGCGCUGGUUUCGCGGUGACACGGAGAUAUUUGCUGGCCAGAAAUAUGAGAUCUGCAACUUGGAUUGUUACCGAACUCUCGUCAUCCACUGUGUCGAACCUGCAGAUGAGGGCCUGUAUACUUGCGAUGCACUGGAUGAUCGCUCCACGGCAUGUCUCCUUGUGGAAGCUGAAGGGGUCCACGUGGUGCGGGCUCUGCGCGGGGUGGAAGUGGUGGCUCCUUCAGAAGCGCAGUUUGAGUGUGAAAUAUCGGCUCCUCUGUCAUGCACCCCCCAGUGGAGCCUCAAUGGGGAAGAGUUACAGCCCAGUUCACAAGUGCAGAUGGAGAGUGUGGGACACAUACAUAGGUUAAGGCUGUGCCCGACCACUCCCGGCAUGAGUGGGAUGGUGAAGGUUACUGUGGGCAGCGCCCGCUCCAAGGCCCGGCUCACAGUUCAAGAGUGCUAGCUUUGGGAAGGUCCUGACAGCAGUAGAGCUCUGUGUGGGUAGAGAAAGGCCAUGGCUGCCAGGAGAAUGUGGAGAUCGCAAAUUUAACGGUUACAUGGACGAACAGAAGAAUGGACACAAAGACAAUUCCUUUUCCUGUCUCCCUGUUCUGCAUGCCAAGGGCAACAGGUUCUGCUUUAUUAAAUGUUCAAUUCCUGAUUUCUUUUCCUCGUGCUGUUUGGUAGGUGAGACUGCUAUGCUGGGCAACCAUCAGGUGGACCCACACGGGAGGAGUGAAGGGCCCCAGCCUGUCACCUCUGAACACCCCCUAGCUUAAGGACCUCUCGUGUCCCGCU